AUGAAUGGCAAUCUGGAAGCCAACGCCGGCAGAGGAGGGUUACGGAGAUUUAGCUUUGGACAUAUCGUUGGUGACCCGUUCGCGCUGGCGACUAUAUCGAUAGCAUAUCUUGCUUGGCUCAUCACCUUCAUCGCUUCCAUCAUAUCCGCUGUCAAAGGAGGAUUCCCGAAUUUUGCAUGGUGGGCAAUAGCAUACCUGUUCUGCGUCAUUGUGGGCGUAUUCGUGGUAGUGGGGUCGGACGCGACACACACAUACCAUGUUGCUAUUGUUGGAUUUCUAGCAGCUGGUCUCACGUAUUCCACGUCCAUCAUCAAUGACUUGGUGUACUCUCCAGACGGUGACAAGGAAGCAGCAGCAGCUGGGUUCAUAUUACUCUCCAUGGUCAUGAUUGUAUGGAUCUUCUACUUUGGCUCAACGCCUCAAGCCACGCACCGAGGCUACAUCGACUCCUUUGCCUUGCACAAAGAACAGCAACGCGGCUCAACGCGCAACAGCAGACCUAUAAGCCCACACUAUGCCCCUGGUCCACAAGAAACAACCCAUAUGGGCAACCAAGCGCCACAAAUGUAUACUUCAGCGCAAUUGAACGGCUUUGAGACCUCGUCGCCCGUAUCAGGCUACCCAGGUGGUCUGGCCGGCCAACAGAGCUCACAACAACGCUUUGGACAAGGCGCACGAUCUGUAUCACCAACAAAUCAGACACCAACCACAGCUCCACCUCUAGGCGGAAUGGCCGUGGAUCACCACGACCCAAGAAACGACGUCACAUCUCCUACAGAAUACCCAUACCGUGCAAAGGCAAUAUACUCCUACGAAGCUAACCCAGACGAUGCAAACGAGAUUAGCUUUUCGAAGCACGAGAUCCUGGAGGUUUCGGAUGUGAGUGGACGAUGGUGGCAAGCGAAGAAGGAGACUGGCGAGACAGGUAUCGCGCCCUCCAACUACCUGAUCUUGUUGUGA